UAAAAGAUUUCAGAGCACCUGCAAGACUCUGUGUGUGAAAUAUUUUCACUGGAAAGGAUUCAAAUCUUUAAAAAAGGGUUUUACACAGAGGCAGCAUUACGCCAUUCUUCCUCCUUGGAAAAAAAACUCUCAGAUUUAAACAAGACUCCUUCAAGUAUUCAGACAGUUUUCAAGCAGAAAAGCAGGAGGUAAACUUCACCUUUCAGGAGCACGUUCUUCACAGCUGCUCGGCGGAGAACAUAGAUUACAGCUGAAUUCAUGUUAGUUUCCACUAUGGGACUGGAGAACGACAUUAAGCAAACAGAUUUAAAGAGGAAACUAAGAAAGUUGUUCCUGCUAGCAUUGGUUUUUUAUUUGUUUCAUGUUGCCGUAUGCCAAUUUGGUGGACCUUUUGCUUUUUCUUUCUUCGGUGAUGUUCAAAGGAAAAUCAGAAGAUGAAAAUACUGAGAUUUAUCCAUUUACUACUUUGGUAUCUGACUUGGGACUACCUGAGUCUUGUCCCUUUGUUGUUGGGCCUUUCUGAACAAGGACACACUCACCCAGGACCUAAACUAGAGAUUCCAAUUGCAGGAGGGAAAGAGAAGACUCCUUUAUUGAAGGCCAACACAACUAGGUCAGGAAAUGUUGGCCACGCAGUAGGUGCUGCAAAAGCUAGAAGCAAGAGUACAGUUGCCCAAACCAGGGUUCUCCUAACUAAAAAUGAUGAGGCAAAGAAGGAAACUUUGAAAAGACCCACUCCUGAAACAAAGAAUGGCAACACUGAGAAUAAGCAGGUUGGGGAGAAAAUAGUGAAUACAAGGCCAUUGCUAAUUGGUGGAAAGGCCUCUACCAAAAUUGUCAAUGUCCAUGCAGAUUCUGCUGGAUUCAAACCUAAAAAACCUACAAACCCAAUUACAGAGAAAGAACAAAAAGACACUUUUAAACACCCCCUUAUAACUCCUCAUGAGUAUAUGUUAUCACUGUACCGAGCUCUAUCUGAUGCUGAAAGGAAAGGUGUGAAUGGAAGCCUGAAACUUGAGGCAGGGUUAGCUAACACUAUCACCAGUUUUAUAGACAAAGGUCAAGAUGAGCGUCUGGCGGUGACAAGAAGACAAAAAUAUAUUUUUGACAUCAAUGCGCUCGAAAAAGAUGGUUUGCUGGGUGCAGAACUGCGUAUUCUAAGAAAGAAAUCCACAGAUGCCAAAUUCCAGCUUUCUGGAAAGUUUUCCCAGAUAAAAUUGUACAUUUGCCCAGCAAAUAAGAGGCCAGCUACUCUUUUGGACUCUCGGGCACUUAGUAAUAGUGAUACAUCAAAGUGGGAAGUUUUUGACAUUUGGAAACUUUUCAAAAACUUCAAAAACUCUGCUCAGCUGUGUUUUGAACUAGAGGUGUUGGAAAAGGGCAAGCCUGUUGACUUAAAGACUGUGGGUUUUAACAGAACUGGUCGUCCAACCAAUGAGAAAGCAAUAUUUCUUGUCUUUGGUAGGACAAAGAAACGGGACUUGUUCUUCAAUGAAAUUAAAGCCAGGUCUGGCCAGGAUGAUAAAACUGUCUAUGAGUAUUUAUUCAACCAAAGAAGGAAAAGAAGGGCCCCUUUUUUAGCCAGAAAGAGGCCAAAUAAAAAUUCAAAAGCAAGAUGUAGCAAGAAGCCCCUUCAUGUCAACUUCAAGGACAUGGGGUGGGAUGACUGGAUUAUCGCACCUUUGGAGUAUGAGGCUUUUCAUUGUGAAGGACUUUGUGAAUUUCCAUUGAGAUCUCAUCUAGAACCUACAAAUCAUGCAGUAAUUCAAACACUAAUGAAUUCGAUGGAUCCAGAAUCUACUCCCCCUACCUGCUGUGUUCCAACAAGGCUGAGCCCAAUCAGUAUUCUGUAUAUAGACUCUGCCAAUAAUGUGGUCUACAAGCAGUAUGAAGACAUGGUUGUUGAAUCUUGUGGCUGCAGGUAGCAACAGCUGCUAAGGCAUAUUGACCUAAAAGACAUAAGCAAGAACAUAACAUUGGGUGCAAAGUUAAAAUGCACUUUUAAAUAUUACCACUGUACAGAAUGCAAUAUUUUUUAAUUCAUGGACUAUAAAUCUAUAUGACAUGGAUUACAUUUCUGGGUGAACUCUACAACAUGUACAAAAGUAAGACUUGAGAAUUAACCAAAUUUUUUCUAAAUCAGAAGAAGAAAAUAUAUUUAGAGGUGAUCAUGCUGAAAGCGUAAUCAACGGCAAUGUUUUUGUUCAUUUUUUUCUCAAAAGCGUCAAUAGUAUGCAAAAAUACUUUUAAAGUGAACUGUUAUCCUUGAAUGCUUAUAUUAAGAAACACGUUUUAACCUAUAUUGGUGGCUGUGGUAUACUAUAUAUUACUGUAUUCUAGAAGACAGACAUUUUGUGGCACCUUAUUCAGGCCAUUCAGUAUGUAUAAAGUGAAGUAUUGAUGAUGAUGUUAAGUUUUAUUGACUAUUUUCAAAUUAUAUGAUUGUAAAAAAAUAAUUAAUUUCUAAAGGUGUUCUUUGGUAUUGCAACUUUUUAAUUACCAAAUACUUAGUAAACAAAUUUUAAAUAAUGACUGCAUACUUGUUGAAGCUAGAAUCUUCUAUAGCCAGUCAGAUCAUUGUCAUUACUAGAUAGAAAAAUCUUCUAUAAAACAUAUGUAGUAAAAAUCAAGGCUUCCUCUUAUUAUCAAAGUGCAUUACUUUUGAUGAAUAGUAAAAUUUCCUACCUUAACACGAACAUAUACCUUGCGUUUAACCACCUUAAAUAGUCAUUAAAAGGAAAAAUAAAUUAAAUUCAAAAUGUGUAAAACUAAGCAUUAAUAAAUACCAUGACUGUUAUUAUAACAUACUUAUUUUCAAGUGAAAUUAUACAUAUGUUUAGUUAAAAUAAAGAAUAACCACAUGGGGUUGGAA